AUGGCUGACGAGGAAGAUAGACCUCUGCUGGACGGAGGCCGUGAAUCAUCCUCUCAUCCUCAACCGCCAUCGGUCAUGGAUUCUUCGGCGACUCUGAUGGAGCAAGAGCCCAGACCGUAUGAAUUGGCCUCCGAAUCGACACCGUUAUUAGCCCGUCGGGACGAUGAUGAAGCGUUGGCAUACGGGACGGAUACAACACAGCGUCGGUCUUCAUUCUCAGACAAUGUCGGGGAAAAGUCUAGAUACCGAUUGCAGUGGCCAAUUAUAUUUGCCCUUGUCCUAUUGGCAACCGUCCUGGCCGUCCUGAUAUUUGCUUUUGCUGCGCCGGCUGCGAUAAAGCGAUACGCCGAGGAGGCUACCGUAUUUAAACCCACGCAUCUCUCGAUUGAUUCAGCAACAUCAGAUGGAGUUCGAGCUCGGGUACAAGGGGAUUUUGUCGUCGAUGCCAAUCGCGUACAAAGCGGUACUGUUCGAAACCUUGGUCGUAUGGCCACAUGGAUAGGAAGGGAGGUCGAAACUAGCCAGUCGGAUCUAGAAGUAUACCUGCCGGAAUACGGAAAUGUGCUUGUUGGAACCGCAUCAUUACCGUCGAUUAAAAUUAAUGUCCGGAACGGACACACGAAUCAUGUUGAUUUCUUGGCCGAUUUGGCAACAGGGGAUAUCCCCGGCAUCCGUGCAGUGGCCAUGGAUUGGCUGGAAGGAAGACUUGGCCAGCUACGGGUCAAGGGAAAAGCGACGUUACAUCUGAAGUCUGGAUUAUUGAGCCUUGGAAAGCAAACGGUUUUCAAGUCUAUCGCUUUUGAAGAAAGCGACUUCCCUCGUAUACCUGACGUCAAAGUCGACAAGUUGAUCGUGCAUGACCAAAACAUUUCUGCGCAAAAGGGCGCAAUGGUAGUUGAUGCUUCCAUUACUGCCAUGCUCGGUUUUCCGUUCGCCGUCCGAAUUCCCCCGCUUGGGUUCAAAGUCCUCGUUCCCAACUGCUCCCCAGGCGAACCUCAUAUCUCUGUAGCAGAUGUCCGGACCGAGGAAGUCCAAAUUGAUCCAAGUCAGUUGACUAGGAUGGACGUCGGUGGCUUAAUCAAGGGCCUUUCUGAAGAAUUGACGACAACUUGCCCGGGGCAGAAAGAUUCGCCGCUUGACUUCCUUGUGAGGAGUUAUGUCAACGGCCGCACAACAACAAUCUAUGUCCGAGGAGCUGAGAGCGCUUCCCUGGGCACACCAUUAUGGAUGGUGGAUCUUCUGAAAAGUGUCACGGUGCCAUUGCAAUUUACUGGACAUGCCUUGGACAACAUUAUCCAGAAUUUCACCAUGUCGAAUGUGCAUUUCUCUCUUCCUGACCCAUUUGCGGACCCAAAUUCUCCGGAAGCAUCGCCCAGAGUCUCAGCCUUGGUGAAAGUACUCAUCGAACUACCAAAGCAGCUUAACCUGACGGUGGAUAUUCCACGCAUUCGCGCAGAUGCAGAUGUGUUAUACCACGGAAAGAAGCUCGGAGUUUUGGAACUGCACAAGUGGCAACCUGCAAAUUCGACUCGAACGAUAGACGCGAAUGGCUCUCCCGCUUUAUUUGUGGACUUCGCCAUGAAGGACGUACCGCUCCGAGUCACGGACGAGGAUGUCAUGGCCGAUAUCCUCCAAGCAUUGAUUUUCCUAGGAAGGUCGGUUCAGCUUCACAUCGCCGCGGCUGUGGAUACCGAGGUCGCAACAGGAUUGGGGAAAGUCGCUGUGCGUAGGAUACCAGCAGAGGGCGAUGUGGACGUCAAGCCUCCAUACGGUGGAUCCCUGAAUCAACUGAAUCCGCGGAUUGAGUCUCUGGAACUAGGACCGACCACUGAAUUUUCGGCUCUUAUAAAAACAAAGAUAAACGUUACAAACCCGACAGAGUACUCCGCAACAGUACCUCUAGCAGACUUCGUGUUGCUCUAUAACACUACUCCGGUUGCUCAUGUCUCAACCCGCGAUAUAGCAGUUGUCCCUGGAGUGAACACAGGUAUUCCGGUUGACUUCUUUUGGAACCCUAUGGAUGCAAGUGGACCUGAUGGCAUAAGCGUUGGUCGCGAAAUGAUAUCACGAUACGCUUCCGGUGACAAUACUACUGUCACCAUCAAGACCCAUCAGGGCACAAUUCCCGCGUUGCCCAAACUCGGUGAAGCCAUGUCCAAAUUGGCCUUCGAUAUGCAAGUGCCUAAGGUUCCUGUUCCUCGAUCUCACGAGGAUACUGAUGAUGAUGACAAGCCGCACUUUGUUCAAUCCGCAAUGGUACUAUUGUCUUCUUUUGCUUGA